AAACUACUGGGAUCAACCUGUUGUUGCUGGUCUGGGAUCAGCUGAUCGCUCCAGGACAGACUCCCCCGCGUCCCGCCGCCGCCUGCAGAGCUGAUCCCGGGUCUGUGAAGACCCCCGGUCCCCCGGUCCUCCCCGCUCGCCUCCGCCCGCCGCUCUGCUCCUUCCAGUCCGCCUCAGAAGAACCGAGCGCUCCGCAGGAACAAACCCUCUGGACCCGGAGGAGACUUCAUCAUAACGAGUCGGAUAACAAUCAGGAGCUCGAGUGUCGGAGUAUGAGCGGUUCAGUGCGGAGCGGCGACGCGAGGAUCCCACCGACAAGCGGACGAACUGCGGAGUAAGGGACGGAAACUUUUCGGGCGGACGGCGCCCGGGUUCUUUCACCGCGUCCCCGGCACCGAGCGGGUAAUGAGCGGCGGGUCUUGUCCCCGGUGCUGUGCGGCCGCGUGGAGCUUCUGUUGUCCGCGUGUCGUGGACUCUGGUCCCGGUGCGAUCGAGCUGAAACGGGCGCAGGAGGAUUUUCCACACCUCAGGAAUUUCGACGCCAGAAACUGAACCGUCCGUGAACGCAGCAGCUAAGCUAACUAGCUCGUUAGCUCGUCAGUGUUGUUUUCUUUAACAUUUCGUCGAUUAACAGACGAAGGACGUCGCUCGUCUUCACCGUCACGUCGGUCCAGGUUCGUCCGACACGCAGCUCCCGGUGUCCGGACUCUCUCUGCAAGAAUCUCUCUCGUGUCUUUCACUUGUUUUUCUUAAUAAACUAAAGUUGUGUCGCUGUGGGCGAGCGAGCCUGUAGCCUGUAGCCGUUAGCCGUCGCAGCUAACAGCCCCAACAUGCCGCAGCUGAACGGCGCCGACGGAGACGACCUGGGGGCGAACGACGAGCUGAUCGCGUUCAAAGACGAGGGCGAGCAGGAGGAGGAGAAGAGGAGCAGGUCGGCGGGACGAGACCUGGACGACGUCAAGUCGUCGCUGGUCAACGAGUCCGAGACCAACAGCAGCUCCGACUCGGAGGCAGACCGACGUCCCAGGCUUCGUCCAGACCUGGAGAGCAGGAUCAGACACAGUCAGCUGUUCGAACAAGCGCUGAGGCGGCGGCAGCAGCAGGACGGCGGUCUCUUCCAGCCCUCGCCGUACAUGGGAUAUCCCUUCUUCAUGAUCCCGGACCUGGGGAACCUGUGCAGCCCGUACCUCGCCAACGGAGCCCUCGCCACCGGCGCCCGCACGUAUCUGCCGAUUCAGUGGCCUCUGCUCGACGUCCCUGGAAGAUCAACGAUGAGAGACAAUGCUACUCCAACACAACUGUCGAACAGUGUACCCGUGGUGCAGCACCCUCACAUGACCCACCUCCACCCCCUGCUGUCCUACAGCCCCGAGGCCUUCUCCCCUCAGAGAGCCUCACCUGGCUUCUCUCCUGACGCAGGUGUGUCCAGGUCGCCUCACGCUGCCUGUUACCCCGUCUCUCCUGGAGGAAUGGCUCAGAUCACACACCCUCUCGGAUGGUUACAGGGGCAGCACAUGUAUCCAAUCACAGGAGGCUUCUCACCUGCUGCUCUCUCAAGUCUGGUGUCGAGUGGUUUCUCUCCUCGUCUGGUUCAGAACCCCCAGUCGUCCGUCCCUCACCCGGCCAUCGUGAAGCAGGAGCCGGGCUGCAGCAGCAGUAGCAGUCAGCCCGGGAAGUCGACGUCCUGCUCUCAGCAGGAGCGAGAGGACGAGAGGAAGCCGCACAUCAAGAAGCCGCUGAACGCCUUCAUGUUGUACAUGAGGGAGGAGCGCCCCCAUGUGGUGGCCCAGUGCAAAGUGAAGGAGAGCGCCACCAUCAACCAGAUCCUGGGACAGAGGUGGCAUUCGUUGUCCAAGGAGGAACAGGCCAAAUACUACGAACUGGCUCGUAAAGAGCGACUGCUGCACUCGAAGCUCUACCCCGGCUGGUCGGCCAGAGACAACUAUGGUAAAAAGAAGAAGCGGAAGAGAGCGAAGAGCGAGACGCAGCUAGAAGGUCCCGACGAAGACGAAGAUUUCCCUCCGCAGCUGAAGAAACCUCGCGGGGUAGAGGACACGCCCCACACACACACUCACACACACUCUCUGCUCACUCACCCUCCCCCACAGACUGCGCACACACACGCCCGCCCCCACACCGUCUCCCACCUGACGCACACCCACCUGUCGCAGGCCAGCCCCGCCUCCUCGCUGGACUCCCCGGCGACGCCAACCACGGCGCUGGCCUCACCCGCCGCCCCGGCGCCGACACACACCGAGCACACACACUUGUCGUACAGCCACAGUGGACACACGUCGCCGUACGGCGAACAGCUGCAGCCGCUGUCACUCACCACCAAGCCCCACCGGCCCUCCCAUCCGCCGGGCCGACACGCCGUCACCCCCGGACCCUCCACGCCGUCCUCCUCCUCCUCCGACACGCCCACCUCCUCACCCCUCCCACCCCCUCUGCCCUUCCUGGUCCCACCUCCUACCUCCGCCCAUCAAUCAGCAGCGAGCGCUAACGGUGCCUUAACUCAGUCGCAGCUGUUCUCGCUCAGACGAACCAAUCAGCUGUGAGAAGUGACAUCACUUCCUGUACGUGGUUUUUAAUGCUGUAAAUAAGCUUUUGUUUUUUAAUCUUUUUAUAGAUGUAAACGUUUUAUAUUGGUAAGAACAGGACAAAAUCAUUGGUCAAUAUUUGACUCUAACUUCAUCGUGUAUUUUUUUGGGAGACUCACUUUUUCUAAUGAUUUUUAUGGAUUAUGACGUGUGAUAUAAUGAAACGUGUGAUAUUCAAAACGAGGUGUGUCACCGGGGGGUUCAGGCUUGUUUCACCUGGUUGUAGUGACGUCGUCUGUUUUCUGCUUCCUCUGAUAAUAAAUAUUCACUGAGUUGUGA